ACUUAUUUUUUUUUGUGUGUGUGUGUACAUUUUGUUUCUUGCUGACUUUACCACGAACUCACACACAAUUUGGCCACCACACAGUAGACUGUAAAUUCAAUCAGUUGCAUUUUCGUCACGCCAAUCCAACCACCGGAUUUACUCUAGCGAAUAAAUAGUUGCUAUUAAAUUAUCAUUAAAAAGGAGAAAAAAAGAAAGAGAGGAACUAUUCAAUGUGCUCACAGCGUGUGUCCAGUGUCGGCGAGAGAAGAAAUUGCCAAUAAGUGUCCCAACGACCACGCUAAAAAGGGUGGGAAACACACGCGCCAAAACUUCUCCAUGGCAGGUUUUUGUUGAAGCUGUUGAGACGAUAACGUGGUGCGCUGGGGGCCCCGUUAUUUCCCUUUUUUUUUAUAACUCCGAUCUUAAACUCCCGGAGAGAAGAGGUCAGCCUACAAUUUUUAAAGGGAUAACAACAACAACAACAAAAUGCCUAGCUGCUGGAAAUUGGCGUGGUGCUUUUGCAGCGACCCGGGACGUCGGCCGAAAAUCAGUUCGCCUGUUCAUCUCCUUCUCAAGCCACCUGAUGCCGAGCUGCUGGGUCACGCCUUCAAGCAGAAGCAGUUCCGUCGGUCGAGACCGUGCAACCUGUGCCACCAGCCCGUCAAGAACAUCGGUAGCUCCUGCCGAGUAUGCAAAUACACCUGCCAUAGGACGUGCGAACCCAAGAACCUGAGUCACUCGUGUAAGCGUACGUUUCAAGAUCCCGCCCGGCUUAUAUUCCAGCACGAUCGGUUCAUCCAGAAGCAAUGUCAACAGUGCGAUGAUUUACCGACUGCCGUCAGUCUCAAGAGUUUGAAUGGCAGCGAACCGUUGAUGAGUCGUCCAUCAUCCGGCGGUAGACAGGCUACCAUCUCGCCAUCUCGUCGGAUGGACUCUUUGUCGGGCUGUACAGAUAGAGGGCCGUCAUCUUCAUCAUCCGCCAUGGAUUUGAGUUUCGUCACGGAACGAAUCCUUGCGCUGAGCUUCCCGCCCGAGAUGGACACGACCACGUACCGAGAAGCUCUCCACCAGGCGGCCAGCAUGUUGCAAACAAAACACGGCGACAAUUACAUGGUGUUCAACCUGUCGCUGCCCAGGAAGGAGAUCGGACUGUGGAAUCCUCGUGUGCUGGACGUCGGUUGGCCGGACCAAUUGGCUCCGCCGCUAGAAAGGCUCUGCUCCGUCUGUCGGGCCCUCGACUCUUGGCUCCAGGCCGACCCUCAACACGUCGCCGUUCUCCAUUCCAAGUGCGGUUUGCAGCGAGUAGGCGUGGUGGUAGCGGCCUACUGCGAGUACACCGGACUCUGCCCGCCCAAUCAACAGGACCAGCAAUCGUUGGACCGCUUCUCCAUGAAGCGGUUCCUGAACGAGCGCGUCGGAGGCCUGCGCACCCCGUCCGACAAAAGGUAUGUGGAAUACUUUGCCGGACUGCUGUCGGGUGCCAUUCAGGUCAAUUCGAGUCCACUCUUCCUGGAUCACGUCACCGUCGUCGGCAUUCCGGCCUUCCAGUCCAACGGCGGCUGCCGCGCCUUUUUCAAAGUGUACCAGGGGAGCGUUCCGGUGCACACGUCGUCCAUCUACAACCUGCACGACAGCGCCCGCCACUUUACAAUGUCGCUGGGAGAGCGCGGACUGGCCCUGCGAGGCGACAUCCUGGUCAAGUGCUACCACCGUCACCGGCAGCCGGUAGAUGGCCGCGAAACCAUCUUCAGCCUCCAGUUCCACACCUGUGCCGUCACGCAGCACACGCUAGUCUUCCAGCGUCAAGAUCUGGACGAUGCCUGUCAAGAUUUGCGUUUCCCUCUGGACGGCUCCGUGCGGCUCCACUUCUCUACAAGCCCCGAGUCCCGCCUGAUGGGCGUCAAUGAAACGCACACCCGCUACACGGUCGAGUCGUCGACAGGCGAUCCGGUCGUUCGUUGGGAUAGUUACGACACUGUGACUGAUUCUGCUAGCUGUCCUGAUGACCAUCAUCGUGACGCUUCUUCACCUGCUGGAUUGACACAAAAUCAUCGUUUAGCGCACACGUACGGCCCGUUGGAUGGCUCGCUUUACGCCAAAGUGUUGAAACAGAACAGCAGUCCGAAAACAACGGCCAACAGUCCUCCGCCUUUAGUGGUGACGGCGACGACGGCCAGCGGAGGAGGCGAUCACAGGAGUGCCAGCCGAUUCAGCGAUCCGUCAUCUUCGUCUUUAACGUCGGGUGGUACGACGGCCGAUUACCAUCACUUGCAUCAUCAUCUGAACCACCUGAAUCAUCCGGCCCAGUUCCUCAAUAGUCCGCAUGUGGCGUCGACCGAUUCGGGCAUCUCUUCGGCCGGCGUAGUGCGCAGCGGCGGAGGUAGCAGCACUCAUAACCGAGAGCUGGGCGGCAGCGGUAGCACGUCCGCUUCGCCACCUCAUUCCGGCCGAUCGGCCGAAUCUUCAGGAGCUGGGGGGGUCUUUUUAGAUCCGCCGCCGCAGACUCCAAGUCCAGUGCAACAACAACAACAGUUGUCGCCCUUACCGCAGGCGUUGCAGAGGAUGCCGAGCAUCGUGGAAACGCGGGCGGAGAUCCACCGCGACGGCCGUGACGUCACGAUGGCAUCAGCGGCUCCGCCUCCAUCGCUGACGGCCACUGCCGAGUUGGACCAACUGUUGAGUGGCAUGCUGAUGAACGUUCAAAACAUCCCCGACAUCCGACCCGAGCACAGGCAUCAUUACCAUCAGCGAGCAGACGACAUUGACGUCGACAGCAUUCAGGUGAAAUUUGAUCUGACGCCCAGUCGGGAUACGACCGAUCGUUCUGUGUCCUCGCCAUCGCAUCCAGCUGCCCGGAAAUCCAAUUCAGCAUACGUUUACGAGAGCGAUACUGUUCGGCGGGCUUAUCCGACUCCGCAAAGCAACACGGAAGCGGUGAAAAUGCCUUGCGCUCCGGCUCCGCAAAAUGCGACGUCUCCGCUGCAGCAGCAACAGCCAUCGGUCAGACCCAAAGAUAUUCCGUACCACGCGCGUGAGGACAGCAAACCGUUCACGUACGGCAUGGUGGGCAUGGCCAACGGACAACAUCAUCAGGAGAACGGAGGCGCCGGAAGUGUUGGUAAUGGGACGGAAUCGACGAUGGUGACGAGCACGCCGGUGGCUAGCGCCUCCAUCAAUGGACGCAACUGGAAGGAGUCCAGCAGCAACACGAUGAACGGCCAACAGGCGAGCAAACGCCUUGAAAGUCCUUCACUCGUUCGCAAGUUUUCUAACGGAUCGGAGCCUGUCAACAUCAGUCCUGUCCGCUCGUCCCCGAGGAUCCCGGUUCCGUCCAUCGCCGAUCCGGUCAGUCCGCGUCCCAUCCGUAAACUGAGCGGAAGUGUGCUGCUUUCAAACGGAGGGGGAGCCGGCACUUCGUCGCCGACAUCGUCCGAAAUCAACGCGACUUCCACCAGCAAUUCGAAUAUCCUACCAGUGGCCACUUCCAGUCCUCGACUGGACACUUCUCGAAAUCGAUCCGCCUCGACCAGCGAAACGAUGAGCAAUAAGACGCCAACGCCGCAGUUGCAGCAUCACAUCUCCCUGGAGGAAACGAUCCAAGAUAUCAGCACAUCGCCAGACUCUUCUCGGAUGUCGACGUCUAACGAAAUGGCCGGUUUAUCUUGGCUCCAGCGUCAGCAGCAGAAGCUACGCGAACGCAAGGAUUCGAUGCGACGAGCUGAGCGCAAUCCGCAAGAAGUGCGGCUCAUGUCCGAGCUGCAGUCUAGCCGCCAAUUCAGAGGUCAGCUGUUGCAACACCAACAGUCAACGACAUCGACAAUUGGCGGCCAAAGACCGGUCGAUGAUGCCGGUUACUUGAGCGAUGUUACUUUAUUCUCCGAGCUGGAUAUGGUCAACACGUCGCGCGAAGGCUCGCCCGACAUCCGCAGUCUCUACGCCACGCCCUUGCACAUCAACACGGCCGGCACCUACGGCCAAUAUCAGCAGUCGAAAGCGGGCCAGACCGGGAGUGGCGUUAAUAAGACACUGUCAUCGUCGUCCAACCCGGCUUCUCCGCUCCUCACGCACCGUUCCUCAUCGUUGGAGCGCAGCGGGCGGUACAUCGGCGGCGGCGGCGACAGGAUCCAACAACAACAGCAACAACAACAACAGCAGCAGCAGCAGCAGCAGCAGCAAAGGGUGACUCUAACGCGUCAAAAAUCAGAUAUGAGCCAUGACCGAGAACGGCCUUUCGUGGCCGUCAAGAGAGCUCACGAGCAGCAUAUGAAGACGCUCAACACUAGCAAUGGAGGCCAGCUGAAUCCCAAUGACCUGCUAGUGACCGCUGCCUCACCUUAUGGUUUGAUUGGAUACCACCAUCACGGCUCGACCUCCCCAACAGACUCAGCUUCCAUGACUGGAACGUCGUCAGAACCAGUGUCGUCCAGCCGAACGGGUUUACUGUCCACCGUGACAGAUCACGCCACGACGUCACCGACGCCAUCGUCGGCCCAAGCGGUACAGCAACCGGUCAAUCGGCUGGGCAACUUGGACUGGUUGAUCCACUCGCUCAACACUAACUUGCCCGAUCCAGCUGCACUCAUACGCGAGCCUAACCUGACCCCUAACCUCAAACACCUGAUCCAUGGCAGCAACAACAAUAACAGCAGCACACAACAGCGAUCACCUCAGCAUGUGGCCGAUCAGGGCAAAUCACCUCUUAAUAAUCGGCAUCACUCAUUCAGUAGUAGUCUGCCUGCUCGUGCUAACUUUGUCCCGGUGACGGGAAUGGCCAACAUCAGCACAAACACUAAUAACAAAUUCCCCAAAUCAUCAGAUAGUGUCAUGUCCUGGAACUCGUCGCUGAGCGGCGACCUAGAUAUGUCGGGAAACCGUCCAACGACUCCGGCCUUCCCUGUCGUCCCACGAACACCCUACCUCAACGUUCACCAUCAAGGCUAUGGCCGCCAGUCGAUCGACUCGCCCGUCACUCCGACCUCGUCCCAUUCGGGAGCCGGCCUACCACCCAAGAGUCCAACUACCCAACGACGCUAUCCAGCCGGUUUGCAGCAGGUUAAUAUCCAGCCUUAUUCGCCCACUCCGCCCUCUGCUAAAAUCCUUCGCAAAUGGCCCUCAAACUCCUCGGUGUCGAGCAAGGAGAGAUCGCCUUCUCCUUCUCCAUCAUCGGCGUAUUUGGGUCAGUCACAUUCGCGACGUUCUUCCGUCCAAUCCGUCAGCGGAUUGAGCGAGCCCCAAGAAGUCAGCUCCGUUCACGUCAAUUUCGUCAAGGAUAAUUCGAGAUAUUGGUACAAGCCCAACAUCGCUCGUGAAGAUGCCAUCAACAUGCUGAAGGAUCAAUCUCCUGGAACGUUCAUCGUCCGCGAUUCCAACUCCUUCCCGGGUGCUUUCGGUUUGGCCCUCAAGGUGGCCACUCCACCUCCGCACGUGGCUGGAAAGAAUAUGGCAGACCCAUCCAGUGAGCUUGUUCGCCAUUUCCUUAUCGAACCGACCUCGAAGGGUGUCCGAAUUAAGGGCUGUAGUAAUGAACCUGUUUUUGGAUCCCUAUCGGCUCUUAUCUACCAACACUCUGUGACACCAUUAGCUUUGCCCAUCAAGCUAGUUCUACCAGAUAGUGAUUUGAUUUUCAAAGAUGGUAGUUCGACGGCGGUGCAAUCGCUUUCCAAUCCGACGACUCAAUUGCUCACUCAAGGAGCCGCUUGUAGUCUGCUUUAUUUGUUUACCAUGGAUACGGAAUCGCUGACUGGACCCCAAGCCAUCCAGCGCACGAUGACCCACUUGCUGGAAACGAAACCGCUACCAGUGCCAACCAUUGUCCAUUUCAAAGUCUCAUCGCAGGGAAUUACCCUCACUGAUAACGAGAGGAAACUCUUUUUCAGACGACACUACCCUGUGUUGACAGUUUCUUAUUGUGGUCUGGAUCCGGAGGAUCGACGCUGGAACCAGCGCAGCGAAGAAACAGGCCUGCCUAUUAGUUCAAAUCGAUGCUUCGGAUUUAUUGCUCGUAAGCAAGCCAGCAAGACCGAUAACCAGUGCCACAUUUUUGCUGAACUUGAAGCCGAACAACCCGCCACGGCUAUCGUCAACUUCGUUACUAAAGUCAUGAUGACCUCUUCAUCGUCUAGCCCGAGCAAAAAUAACGUCUAAAUUGCUGUUGGUUGGUGUAUAACUUGUUGAGCUCUAGUUUGGCUUCUUUUGUUUUUAUAGUGGUUUAUUUAACUAUUUCGUUUUUCAUCCAAAACGGGGAGGGAAGCACAUCCCGCCCUGAACAUAUACUAAAAACACACAGGCACACAGUCACGAAAGUAACUUGGUUGGCAAUGUUUUUCUCCUGAAACAAAAAAGAAAAAAACAAAAGAAA